AUGCCAUCGGGGCUGCUCGGCCUCUCGCCGCCACCGUCCAGCGGCAGCGGGCUCUCAGACCAAGGAGGUGAACAGCGCACAUCUUUUUCCCUUCCUUCUGGCGACGGGAGGCAUGCCGGCGAGAGCCGCGGAGCCGGGGGGGAGGCGGGGCGACGUCAGGCGUCCUCCGAAGCGACAGAACGCAGCGGAGCGCGCGAAAAAGAUUCGAAGAAGCCGCGGCAGCGAGGGCUAGCUCCCGCCUCGUUCGCUACCACUGCAGAGAGCGGCCGCGGCCUCGAUGAACAUGAAGGCGACGGCCGAAGUGUCGACUGGGUGCCCAGCGAUGAAGUGACGCACUGUAACCACUGCCUGGGGCUGUUCAGCGUCACAAAGUGGAAGCAUCAUUGUCGAGCUUGCGGAAAGGUCUUUUGCGGAGAGUGCUCCAUGAUGCGCAUUCGCCUUCCAGACCUAGGGUACUUUGAGAAAGUCCGCGUCUGCGUAAACUGCGCGCUGGCCCGUUCGUCGUCUCACACGAUUUCUCUUCAGGAGGAUCUCGACGUCAAGGAGCAGAUCAACGCGAACUUCAAGUUGGCACUGGAGGAGAAGACUCGCCAGCUGGACGGCUUCCGCGCGUUUCUUCUCGAAGUGGAGGGCCUGCUGCUCUCCGGCGCACCCGCGGAAGCAGGACUCUGCUUCUCAACAGGCGGUGGUCGUGCGCACGACGCGGAGGCCUCGGGCCCCGGGCACGCCGCAGAGGGCGGGCCUGAAGGCAGUCAGGACGAACUCUCCCUUCUGAUGCGGCAGAGCGAGAGGGGUUUGCGGGCCCUGACGGAACGGCUUCAGCAGUACGACUCCGAUUUCGAAGACGCCCGCUUGCAACUCCUGGCUCUCGAGAACGAGCGAGAUGAGCAAGCGAACCGAGCUCGCCAGCUCGAGGCACGCAUGCACGCAGCGCAGAUGGAGAUUCGGCAGUUGAAAGAAGUCGCCCUGGAUCGCGAUGCGCUGCGAGCGCUUGUCGAGGAGCAGAAGCGUCAGCUGGAGGAACAAAAACGGCAGCUUGAUGGCCUGCGACAGCGCUGCGUGACCCUUGAAAGCAAGUCAGCUGCGUCGAAUGCGACGGCUUCGACGGCGCGAGCGAGCGGGUGCGGAGACAGCAAACCCUCCUCCCUCACGUCCUCGGGGCGCGUGGAGCCUUACACGUGGGGCUCCGGCUCCGACCGCAAUCGCUGUUUGGGCGGCGCCAGUCUCCGGCGAGGGGACUCCUCGGCGGCCGCAAGGGGCUUGUGGAGCGGGGAGCCGCCAGAGGGCGUGUCGAGGCGUCCGGUCGUCGUUGGAAGGACAGACGACUUCGAAGAGCUCGCAGUGGCGUUCACGGUAGCCGACGGCUUAAAUGAUUCUAAUGACCGCUACCAUGGCUCUCGUUUGCAGAGACUCUGGGCCUACUGUCGGCGAUGUUGCUGCAGACGCCGAAGACGAAGGUAUUUUAUCGGCGAUGAACGUUCUUCACUUUGUGUCAUUCAGUAG